AUGCGUCAGAGUAAAAUGUCGAAUGGGACUGCGCCGAGCUAGUUGCCCCACUACCACCGUCGUCUCUUCGUCUUUCUCUUUUCCUCUGAUACGGUGCGAGGAGCUUCGCAGAAGUGAACAGUUCUUACGGGCAAGCGUUCGGCUCAUUCGCGGUUGAAAAUUGGGCAGCGACGUGAUUGAAACGCGAGUGUCGACAACGGGUACGUGAACGUGGAACACAAACGAGAACGUAAAGCGGGCAGAACGAGAGAAUAUCCGUGGCGAAAGUGGAGUUUCUUUGUUCCGUUGCUUCGAUCUCUGCGCAUACGUUCCCGUGCGAGUGGCGCAGCAUUGUUUGUGUGCUUCUGUACGUCACUCUCGGCGUAUACACGGCCUCGGUCGCCGAUACAAAACCGAGAUCCUGGGCGUUUGAUCCCGUGUUCACGGACGAGCCACGGAAUAAAGCUUGGUCGGUGUCGUGGUCCGAUUCGUAUCCAAACAAGCGCGACGGCGACGGGAAAGGACUCGGAGAAAGGAUCCUCUGGCCCUUGGUAUAGGCGCGAGUGUUUUGUUUUGACGAGCAGCUGAUCCGAGGGACUCUACUCAUUCGUCGCGUCGACUACGGUCCUCCAUCGCUGCAACGGUGACUCUUUUUUCCCCAGCGAUUUUACUUGCGAUUCGUGUUCGUCCGCGUAUAUAAACACGACGGAUUAUUUUACUGCUCGAUUUGCUCACGCACCGUAUUUAUUAAAGCGUUCGUUGAGCCCGAGAUAGCAAGAGUUUGUAAGUCCGUUACAUCACGAAAACCAGGAGGCACGAUCGACAACCUAUUUCAGUGCAACGAUCAUCGAUGACAGACGGACCAACAACGCAAUCAAGAAUCGUUACACUGUGAUUAGUAAUUCUACGCUCGAGCGAUCGAUCGUAUGGGACCCCUCGGAGUGUGCCAGUUGAAUAUUUUGUUUCCAAGAGACUCUACGUUCCGGUUCGUUCUGCGGUUGGAACGAGAAUCAUACGCAAUCAGAACCGUCCUGUAAAUGACGAUCGUGCGUUCCAACAUAUCCAAUCUACCGAUCUGAUCGGUUCUUUAAGAGACUGUAUACAAAAUAGUUUCCCUCCUAAAGGCUGUGGGAUUUAUUUCUUUAGUUACCAAUGAUCUCGUGAUACAACGCUCUUUCCUCUCGUUUUGCUACUCGCACGCGAGACCUGUCAACGAAUCUCCAAAGAGGUUUGCCGAAGCAGCCAGAAAGAACCUAAACUACGAUCUUCGCUGCUCUUCUCCGAACCAAUCUACAUUUACACAAAAUAUUAUGUAUAUAUAAAGUACGUGCACGCGCAUCGUACAUAUACACACAUAUACAUCGCGCCGCGUUCGUUCAAUCUCUCGGGCUUAUCCGUGGUUCCUCUCCGUAUGUUCGUCGGUAGGCGCGCGCGACUUCAACUUAACGUAACUAGGUACGCAAAGCAUCGUUCGGAGACACCCGUCAUAUAUUUAAAGGGGGUGAAUAACUAGGAAACAAAGUGCGCACGAUACGCAGUCGACGACGUGACGCGGCACGACGCGAGCCUAGUGGCGAGUGUAAUCGCGAGAAGAGGAGCUGGAGUUUGCGUGAACCGACGACGACGACCAACGGAUUGGUGAUCGAUGCGGCAUAAACCCGAGGGGGCCGUACUCGCGAGCGCUUGGGAACGAGGGGUACGGCCCCGAUCGAGCUGACUGCAGGGGUCGGCCCUGAGGUAACAGCUCCUCUUCAUCAUCGUCGUCGUCGUCGUUGUCGUGGUCGUCGUCGGGCGUCGCGAGCCCCGGGCGCCAAGCACCACCGGAUGUUAGUGGGGUCCUUCGGUUGGGCUGUUGGCCGUUUCAUUCUUCUCGUCGGACUGGAAGAAGCUUGACCAGCCCGAAAAUGCUCUACAUAUUCCACGUGGACUCCGGCACCACCAUCACUUUCGACAUCAAGUUGGCGCUACAAACUGUCUCCCAGCUGAAGGAAGCGAUCGAGAGAGAAUGCGGUGUGGUCGCGGCGAACCAGGUGCUCUUGAUGAGCGGAGGCGAAAGCCUGGAUCCGUCAGCGCGUGUGUGCUCCUACUCGGCCGGAACCGACACGAACCCGAUCUAUUUGUUCAGCACGUCCGCCAUUGAGAGUCACGUUCCACCCACGUCGUGCAUAGAUUACGGUUCUGAUUUCGAUCUCCAAAACCAAAUCGAUGCAUCCUUGGUGAUGCCAGCCACUUAUCAGACCAUCGUCGCCCGCGCCCAAUUGGCUCAGCAAUGCUAUGGAUUGGCUCGGGAACAGACCAGGAUUUGCGAGAGGCUGGUGCACGAUCAACAUCUUCAGCAACAGGGCUGGGCGGCCGUAGUGGCCAACCUCGAAGACCUCACGCAUUUGUUCCAGUCACGAGCUGAUAUUCUGCAACAGACCUACACCGCGUACCUUUCUGAAAGGCAGCAACACAUAGAUCUGCUCGCGAACUUCAGCCAUGACUUGGACACUUUAUCGAAAAUUCCGCUUCUACCAGCGUUGAGAGCACAGGCGGAGGGUCUUCUGAGUCCAGAUGAACAGCCAAGUCAAUCCGAGAACGAUUCCGAAGGCAGGAAGGAAGUUUUAAAUCUACUUCGGUGGAUAUCGGUGAAAGACAAUCAGAGCAAUUUGGAACAGGUGGUGGACUAUUGUACGCGAGGACUCGGCCAAUACGAUGAGAGAGUAAUGGAAGCGCUGAAGACUGAGGUGAAUAUAGUCCUAGACAGCGCAAACAAGCAGGACAUGAAGGAGAUCAAAGGACUUGGCGAAAGGUUGUUCGCGUUGGAACAGCUUAUGAUACAGACGAAGAAACUGGUCCAGGUACAAGGGGAAUUGACCCAGGGUUUUCUGCAGAACCAGAGUCGGGCGAACAAUCUGGGCGACGCCAGCAUCCUGCCAGAUCUUUGCGCCUUGCACAGACGUCAGCUCCUUGUGAUGCAGCAGAAUCACAAUAAGCUAAGAGACAUCAGGCGCAGGUGCACCAAAGCGAAAGAGGAAUUGUCCGUCAACAUCUACCAUCGGUUAAAAUGGAUCAUGUAUGUGGAGAACAAGAUGAAAGAAAUGGACAGGAAACUCGUCAUGUAUCACGAGAGCCUGAAGCGCAUCAGAAGAUACCUCGAGGUGCUACAACAGAUACACCUAGCUCCGCAAAUGUACAUGAACGCCGUGGCCGAGGUAGUCCGGCGACGAACGUUCUCUCAAGCUUUCCUGGUCUGGGCUAGUAAUCUUGCGUGUCAGCUGCUGACGGUGCAUAGCGAGGAGUUAACUCGUAGAAGGGAAUUCCAGAGUAAAUUCGAUGGCCACUUCCUGAACCUGCUGUUUCCGGGUUUAGAAGACACGCCGCCGCCGUUCGCUACACAGGCACCAUCUGUUUUUGAUAACGGACUCCCAAAGUUAACGGUGGAAGAUAUAGAAUCCUUAAGGUCGCAGCUACCUGAUCUGGCGCUUACCAUCUCGUCACCAGACUUGAUCAGCAUCACCCAAUUCUUCCUGUCAAAAAGUCUUACCGAGGCGAGCACCGAGGGGAAUAAAGAGAAGGACAGCACCUCCAUGCGUGUCGACGUGGCUGUCAAAGACCAGGAUCAAACUACAGCUCCGAUGUUAUUUGACAGGGGUGGUUUCGAAUCGGAGACUGACACGGAGGAGUUCGAGAAGAUCGGGCAGGGCGCCGCCGACUCUAAACCGGAAUCGUACGAUGGUGUGAAACAAAUGCGUCAGAAGCAAUUGGAGGUUGGUGCCUCGAGAAGCGUAUCCCCCGCAUCCUCGACCUCGACUAACGUGUCCCCGCUUAACUCGAAAGUCGCGGACCUGACGAACCGGUCAUCCUCCUCGAGCGAGCCCGGAUCCUUCCACUUUCCCAGUCUAUCCGUCAGCGAGCGUCCGGCUCAGCUUAGCCCAUUAACGGAGUGCGCCGAGAACGGCGAGUCCAGUUGUCUCCAUCGCGCUACCACUACGAACGGUUUUCCGAGUAAUAAAUACAAUCACGAAGCGCCAUCGGCGACGAUGGAAGACGAGCCGAACUCCUCCCUAAGUCCAAAUCCUCCAUGUUCACCCUUGUCACGGUCCGUGAUGUGCGACGGCCAGCAGCAACAAUGCCAUCAGCUGUCUGGCAGUGGCGGUAGCAGUCCUUCCGUUGGAGUAGGCGCUACCGACUUCGUGGGUACUGAGUUUUACAUGGACGAGUCCCUGCCGAGCAGUCUCAGCGAACAUCCCGCCGACGGCCAUCAUCAGGCUAUCGUUUCCCUUCUCCAGGAGAAUCUUGGGAACACGCGCGAGGAAGUGGAGAGACUCCGUACGAUCGUGAAGACGAUGAAGGCAUUAGUGGGCGAAUCGUUGACGACGCUCAGACAAGAGCUGUCCGUUCUCAGGGAUCGUUCUGACGAGGAGAUGUGCGGUUCCUCGAAGAUGAUCGACAGAAUUCGCGAGGUGCUGUCGCUGUAUUCGUGUGAGUGCGAUCGUCGGGUUCGCGAACGCGAGCAAGAACUGACAGUGGAUCACGAACUCGAGAUGACGGAUGUGAAGAAGCUGAUUGAGAGUCGGGAAGAGGAAAUACGUACGCUGAAGAGAGAUCUUCUCGAGAAGGAAACUGAAUUAGCCGAGUACGAGCGACUGAUGGCUACCAUGCGUAGCAAACUGGAGAACGAACAAGAUGAAAACAGAGAUCUGAAGGCACGCAUGGAGGAGGCGCUGAACGAUCAGCAGAGGCUGGUGAAGGAGGCAACGGACAAGCUGCAGAUAGAGUACAAGGCUGAGUUGGAAUCGAUCAGGAGUCGGUUCAAGCUAAUGGCUGCCUCCACCUGCGCCAUGGAGAGAAGUCCGAGUGAUAGUAGCCUUGAGAAGAUAGACAAACCAGAUUUUAUUGAGCUCGUCAAUCAUGCGUUCGGACACUCGAUGCAAGAAUCGAAGCUGGAUAAAUCUGUGACGUUACGAUCUGUCGAGAAAGAAUGCGGAGAUUGUAUAUCGAAGCUGGUUCACGAGCUGCGCAUAGCAACGCAAGUGUUUGAGGAGAAAGUCAGAGAUGUAGAGAUGUAUAGAAAGAGAGAAAUGGUUCUUACGGAGGAGUGCAAACGCUACAAGAACACGAUCAAACAACUAAUGAAAUCGGAGAGCUACAGCUCCGCUCUCGUUGACUCUGGCUUGCACAAAGAGAGCAGCGACGAACAACUGAAGAUGAGUCAGACGAGUCUGGAAGAAGUAGCGAAGAGUUUGGAACCGGACAAAGACGAGGUGGAAGUAUCCGAAUCGAAGAAAGUACGGUUGGAAACUACCGAUGAUUCAUACUGCAUGUCUAGGAGAAUGGAGAUGCUCGAAAACGAGAACAAAAGACUCAACUCCGAGUUAAAAUCGCUGCGUGAGAGCAAACAGACGGCCGACGCGAAGAUCGAGAUCUUGGAAGCGGACACAAUGCGAUUGGAGGUCGAAUUAGUAAAAGAACGAUAUAAGUACUUCAUAACUCCAGAUUCAUCCUCCUCGUCGGAGAGCCGCGAUAAGGAUACGAGCGCAUCCGUGGCGAUGGCUUCGAAAUCGGUUAUACGUCGGGACGCGGCUACGAGUACUGGACCAUUACGUCGAUGCACCUGCACAACCUGUUUGACGCGCAUCCAGAAGAGGGCAAAGAAAUUCGCGGAUAAGCUCGUGGAACUCGGUCACAUCACCGUGACUAGAUGCAAUCCGGGCGAUCACGUGCUGAUGUUUUGGGAUCCGAACUACUGGACCUACAUGCUGUACCAGGAAUCGAUGACGAUGUAUUUCCUCAAUUCGGACUGCCUAGCCCCCGGCAUAGAUAUAAUGCCUGACGGGACACCGAGGCCUACCCAGCACAUCGUCCAGGUCAUAGACAAGCAGUACUGUCACGCUAGAAAGUCCGAGAAUCGGUAUCGCGUACCAAGCGGCACCAAGUUCUACCAAGUGAACGUGGAACUCGUGAAGGAGAGCGCAGCUAUAUUAUCUAGUAUUCAGCAGAAGUAAACGACAGAAGAUAGUAAAAGGUUCAUCGAGUUUAGAAGCAAAUCGUCGAAACGAAGUACAGAAGAAACAACCCUAUGACCGCGGAUCCGCGUCAUGAACAUCUGUGGCCUUGCACGUGCAGUUCAUCCGACGCGCGGAUCCUUACCAUAGAUAUUGUUCGCGACCAUCCGGAAACUCUCGGAUCAAGGCCAAAACCUGCCAGAGCCUGUAGACGCAUCCUUUGAACAUUCGUGUUUUGCCGAUUCACGAGCAUGCCACGAGAGGAUCACGAAAGAAGGUAUGCAUGCCCGAUUUGGGUAUCGAAAUCAAUUUUUAGGGAUCAGAGACGGAAAGUAUGCGCCGGCGUUUCAUUGUGAUAUAAGUAAUUUAAAAGAAAAAAAACAAACAUACAAAAUGAGUGAAACAUAACUGUCGAAUGCUGUGGUUAGCUGUGAAGCGUAAAAAAAAACCGAUGUUUGUA